UGAUAACUUUUGGGCAGGACUCGAUAAUAAGAAAGUGACAAAUCAUGAUAUCAAAGAUAUUGUAUGGGACCUGGAACUGUCACAAAACGUUAUUGAGGCCUAUAUCCAAAUAGAGGAGGAGAAAAUAGGGCCCAUGCAGACAGAUAGUCCACAGUACAUGUCUACAUGGACUUGGGCUUACAUGCAAACCUUUCUAGAACCAAAUUGGCAUAGGGCCCUGUAUGAACACUUACUUGAAAAACUCGGGAAAUGCAAUGUUCUCUUCUUCCCGAUCAUUUCAAGUUCUGAGUUCCACUUUACACUUCUCACAUUUCACAAAAUGGAACGAAAGUGGAGACACUACAAUCCACUUAGAUCGUUGGGAUCUAGAAAAGAAGAAAAGUGUAUUGACAUUGCUCAAAAUUUUGUUAAUAUUGUGGAAGGGUGGCUAGAAUAUAUCAAACCACAAGCACAAGAGUUCUUAGAAACUAAAACAAUACCAAAACUUGUGAAGCGAAAAGAAGGACCCCCUACACCUGCACAGGUUGAUUUGUCCUCAAAUGAAGAACUCACUCUAAAUUGGAUUCU